CUCCCCCUCUGCGUCCCUCCCUCUUCUUCCAGCAUCUAAAUGGGAGGUAGACACUGAAUAGUGCCUCUUUCUGUUCCCCAGCGCACAGUCAACCAGGACCCUUGGAGACGUUGGUCUUGGGAGCACAUCGGCAUUAACGGUUGCCAUGACUUCCCUGUUUCUGCUGUUUGUGUCCCUGCCCUUCACCGUGGCAAUGUCAACUGUGAGCUAUGAUGAGAUGGAUGGUAAAUUACAUGUGAGCAUCCCCGUGGAGACGCCCCUUCGCCCUCUGCUGGGUAGCAAAGUCAUCGUGCCAUGCUACUUCCAAGACAACACCGUCAACGACCCGGGAGCCCCCACCAUCAGCCCACUCUCCCACCACAUCAAAUGGACCUUUGUCACCAAGGAACCCAGGAAAAUGAUCACCAUCCUUCUAGCAUCAGAAGGGAAAGUCAACGUGAAGCCAGAGUAUGAGGACAGAGUGACGAUGGUCAACUACCCCAUGGUCCCCACGGACGCCUCCAUAGAGCUGACAGAACUUCGAUCCAAAGACUCUGGAACCUACCACUGUGAGGUGAUACAAGGGGUGGAGGACAGCUACAGCUCUGUGGACAUCAAGGUUCAGGGUAUUGUGUUCCACUACCGCGCCAUUACCACCCGCUACACCAUGACCUUUGAGAAAGCCAAAGCCGCUUGUAUUCAGAACAGUGCCGUCAUCGCUACACCUGCACAGCUUCAGGCUGCUUAUGAUGACGGAUUCCAGCAGUGUGAUGCCGGAUGGCUGUCCGAUCAAACUGUCAGGUACCCUAUCCAUGAGCCUCGCUGGCGUUGCUUUGGAGAUAAGGAAGGCUUUCCUGGUGUGAGAACUUAUGGUGUGAGAAAUGUAAAUGAGACCUACGAUGUGUAUUGUUUUGCUGAGAAGUUAACAGGUAAAGUCUUCUACUCAACAUCAGUUGAGAAGUUUUCCUUCUACGAAGCACAAGAUCAGUGUGCCAAACUCGGUGCCAGGCUGGCCACCACUGGAGAGCUUUACCUUGCCUGGAAGAAUGGCAUGGAUGUCUGUAGCGCUGGUUGGCUGGGAGACAGGAGCGUCCGAUAUCCAAUAAAUAUUGCCAGGCCUCAGUGUGGAGGAGGACUGUUGGGAGUCAGAACCGUCUACUUAUUUCCCAACCAGACGGGAUACCCUUAUCCAGACAACCGCUACGAUGCCAUUUGCUUCGGAGACUUACAGAUGACUACGCCUCCCCCCGGGACCUUUGGACUGACCGGUGAUCCUGCAACUCAUGAAGUGAAGACAGGAGACGUGGUCAUAAUGCCCAUUCCACCUAGUCCGAUAGAUAAAAAAAGUUGGUCUGGGGUUUCAACAAACUGGAACAAGCAGAUGUCUUCCACAGGUGUGGUGUUUCUCUACCGACCCAUCACCGGCCGGUACACUCUGACCUUUUCUGAGGCUCAGCAAGCUUGCAGGAAUAUCGGGGCAGUCAUCGCCAGCCCCCAGCAGCUACAGGAGGCUUAUGAGAAUGGACUACACCAAUGUGAUGCCGGUUGGGUGCAAGACCAAACUGUUCGGUAUCCAGUUGUGACACCAAGAAAAAACUGUUAUGGAAACCUGUACACACGUCCAGGAGUUAGAUCUUACGGAGUGAGAUCGGUCACUGAGCGCUACGAUGUAUACUGUUAUGUGGGGGGUCUCAAUGGCGAGGUGUUCUUUGCCAGUGACUACGACAGCUUCUCCUACGAAGAGGCUGUGCAGCACUGCCAGAGUCUGAACUCCACCUUGGCCACCACAGGUCAGCUCUAUGCUGCCUGGAAACAUGGAUUUGACAAGUGCACCCCAGGCUGGCUGAUGGACCGCAGCGUCCGCUUCCCCAUCACCAUUCCCAAGCCUCAGUGUGGGGGCGGGCUGGCUGGGGUCCACAGCGUCUAUGCUUUCCCCAAUCAGACGGGCUUCCCAGAUGAGCAUUCACGCUACGAUGCCUAUUGUUUCAGAGAUAAAAUUUCAGUUCUUUCUCAAAAUGAAACCAGCAUAAUUCUCUCAUCAACUGAUGAUGUUAUCAACAAGACAGUUACCCACAAGCAGUUCAGCUUCACAGGUCUGUUUAACAUUUCAAAAACUCCUACAUCGGAGCCGUCUGCCACCAAUGAUUCCUCUGUGGAGUCUGGCUCCACCAGCACCAGUGAGGAUGGAUCUGGGUCAGGACACAACAUCAGCUUCAGCGGUCACAGUGGUAGCUCUGGAGACCCGUCUACCUCUGGAGGUCCACAAGAAGCAGAAGGAGGAAGUACGGUCAUCUUCACGCCCGGAGUUUCAGGUAGUGGCUCCGCUUCUGGAUCUGGGGCUGACAGCUAUUCCAGUUCAUCAGGAUCAGGAUUCACCACUGGAAGUGGAAGUGGAACUGGGAGUGGAAUUCAAAGUGGAAGUGGAUCUGGAACUGGAAUCGGAAGUGGAUUUGGAAGCGGAACCGGAUUUGGAAGCGGAACCAGAUUUGGAAGCGGAAGCGGAUUUGGAAGUGGAAGUGGAAGCGGAAGUGGAAGUGGGGACUUUAGUGGAAGCGGGGGCUUUAGUGGCAGCGGUGGAGAUUCCCAGAUCUUCUUUGUGGAUGGAGAGAUGGUGGAGGCAACAAAAACCCCAAAGCCAACUGAGAAAGAACUAGGCAAGGGAGGAGUUUAUUUCAGCGGGGGCUACUUUGGCACAAGUGGGUCUGGGUCAGGAGAAUCCUCAUCGUCUGGAUCGGGAGAUGUGUCUGCGUCAGGCUCUGGAGAAGGGAUCUUCUUUAUCGACCACAGUGGCAUUGAUCUGACAUCCCAACCGUCUAAAGAGCAGGAAGCAUCAGGACACGAUACGUCUGGAUCAGGGUUCUUUAGUGGCGCCCCCAGGAGUUUCCCAUCCGGUACAUCAAGCAGUGGCUCUGCUUCAGGAGAACCUCUAGAACAUUAUCCUGACAUCAUCUACCUAACAGAUGACGUAUUGAAAGUGUCUGCAUUAUCAAGAGCGCACCAGGAGCAUACUUCAGGAAGGGUGGAGGUGAGCGGCGAAGGCAGCGGGUCAGCCAUUACCCACGAGGUCAGAGGAACUUUGGACAUAUCAGGAAGUGGAGUCCCUCCUGAGAAGCCUGUUGAUGCAUCAACAUACUCAGAGUUCAGCUUCACUGUUGACUCAUCUGGACUUGAAGUGCUCAGAGAGGAGGAUCCCACAGAGCCUGCAGCUUAUGCAGCGACUCCAGAAGCAGAUUACACAAGUCCAACCACAAAACCAUCGGUGUUGUUGGCGACUCCUGCUGUCAUGAAGCAGCCAGACUCAGUCACAGGUGUCCAGGACUGUCCUGAAGAAUGGACGGAGUUUGGGGGCAGCUGUUACCUCCGGGUGGAGGAUCGAAAGACUUGGUCGGAUGCAGAGAAAUACUGUCAGGAUCACAACAGCCACCUGGUCAGCAUCAGGUCGCAGGAAGAGCAGCACUUUAUCAAUGCCAACAACAAAGAUUACCAUUGGAUUGGACUAAACGAUAAAGAUGUGAUGAAUGAGUUCCGCUGGACAGACGGCAGUCCUCGGACUUUUGAGAACUGGAGGCCGAACCAGCCGGACAACUACUUUGGUUCUGAGGAGGACUGCGUCGUGGCGAUUGGACACGACGAUGGGCAGUGGAAUGAUGUGCCGUGCAAUUACCACCUUUCUUUCACCUGCAAGAUUGAGCUCGUCAAGCAUACAGAAAUGUGUGGAGCUCCUCCUGCAGUGGAUCAUGCAAGUCUGAUUGGAGCCAACAAAGAAAGUUACCCGGUCAACUCUACAGUCCGCUACCAGUGUGACGUGGGUUACGUACAGCGCCACCUGCCCUUCAUCCGCUGCAUGUCGAGUGGGCAGUGGGAGGAGCCACAAGUGGAGUGCACAGAAGGUGUCAGCGGUAGAUUACAUAAAAGGUCCCUGAAGAGAAGAAGUAAAGGCGUCAGCAGCCAAUAGGAGCAGAGGAAGCUGCUCUGAGCAGGACUGAAAAGACAAAACGCAGAGAGCUACAAACGAGUCUUCUUGCAAAGAAGAAUGGACACUAGUGCAAAUGUCCCAUCAAACAUACCCUCCUUCAUGACACUGCUGUGUCACAUGCUGAAUAAAAACCCCUGACCCCUCGCCUCCUGCUUUUGGGCCAUCAACUUGACUUUGACAACAAGACCGGUUAUCAUUUAAUUUAUUUUAGUUUCAAUUUCUUUCAGUGCAGACAUAUGAAGCAUAAAUCCAGUCCACAUCUUCUACAUUACACACAUCUACACUUCACAGCAGUUGUUUCUAUCUUUAAGAGUAAGAAACAGUCAUAAAUCAAUUUACAGCUUUGUUUUCUUUAAAGAAAAUAAAGUUGUUCCUCACUCUUAAAAGCAUAAAUCUUUAGUUUUAUUUAGAUAAGUGAUUUUUAACCUUGAGGCAAAAUACCGCCUAAAAACACAACAGAUAUUUAUUGUUUUCACAACCUCGCAUUUAACAUUCUCCUAUAAGAGCAUCAAAUAAUUUCUCAUUCCUAUUUUAUGAUGAAUAGAAAUCCAUGUUUAAAGUAGUACUUCAGUGCACCAAUCCUGAAUUUAAAGUAAUCAGCACUCAUGCACUUUUGAGUCUUUUUUGUCAUUUGGCUGGAAUCUUAAAUCAAGCGCACCUUAAACAGGAAAACAUGUAACAACAAAACAGUCUUUUUCUGUAGCAACACCCAUCAAACCGGCCGGUGAAGAUCACCUCCUGAUGGUGCACAAGCUGCACAUCCGCUCCUGAAAUCCAUGCAGUUUUGUGAACUGUGUCAGCACUGAAGCUACAAUCAGUGUUUGCGCUCUACUGUGCUUUUUUUUGUAAAUAUUCUUCCUGAAAUUCUCUGAACAGCAGGAUCUGUGUGAAACCUACUUAGAGCAAACCCUUGAAACUGUUUGAUUUACUCGUCCUCUACAUGUGUGUUGAUUACUUUGGAGUCGAGUGUAUGAAACAUUUUAAGACCUUUUGAUCACAGCUCUGGACACUGAAGUUUCUAAGAAAAUGAGUGAAAAUCAAGCAUGUGGAUGAGCUGAACAGAAGAAAGCUGACACUGUCCUUUAUAAUUCAACAUUUACUCUGAUAUUUAAGUUUGUGUCUGAUUUCUCCAAACACUGAUUUUUGUGAUGCUGAGCAGAAAAAUGAUAUUAUUUGAAGCUAGUCUACUUGGAUCCAUCUAGUCAACCUUCUCCAGAACAACUGAGGAAAACUGGUGGCUCUGUUAGUGUUUCAUUGGUUAAUAAAAAAGAUGAAUUGUGUUAUCAAUAUCACCAUACAAACAGGCAUUACUUCCGAUCAUUAAUCCUGAUGUGAAAAAUCCUUCUUACUGAAAUAAAAUUGGGACCCAUUCG